UUAUAUUACGCAGUCUAUCUGUCUAGAGAAGGUUAAGCUUUCCCCAUAGCUGUAAGCCAGCGGAUGAAACAUACGCGUAGAUGAGUUUAAAGAUAUUGAUUUGCAUAUUUUCUUUUGAGUUUUAACUUUGGGUUGUAUUGUACCCGUGAAUAUUUGUAUGGGUGAAAAUCUAAUGGAUGUAAAGAGCGUGAAGAAUGGCUGUUUGGGCGGAAAUAAUCUGGAAUCUGCAAUCGUUGUUCUUCCGCAGUCUAAACGAAAGUAAAAUUCGGGAGCCCGUUCUGUCAGCACGUCAAAACAAUGAGAAAGCAGUAUUAGGCUGUGUACUUUUUAAUGUAGAUUUUUACAGAGGCCAAAGUUUGGCACGAAAGAUCGGAUAUCUACGUCACGUUAUUUCUUUAAGACAAUUUACGGGAAACAGACUAAUUGCCGGGUAGCCUACUCCAGGCUGUUAGAAAAAUGGCACUUCGGCUAUCAGCGGUGGAAGCAUGUAUUUUAAUAUCAGUGUUCUCUUCUGUAGCUGGUGAACCUCUCUUGAAGAAAGUCGUACUUGGAAGGCCAGCCUCUCUUCAUUGUGAUGGAAAAGGCAGCUUACACGAUGAGCUGGAGAUCAUGUGGAAGACCCAGUAUCAGUUGGUGGCUAAUUUCUCUAAAGGACAUCUUAACUAUGGCCUUGGGUUUGAGAAUAGAGUACGUUUUGAAAUUGUGGAUAGUGAGUUUUGGUUCACUCUUCACAUCAAUCCCACUGUUUUCAGUGACACUGAUACAUACAGUUGUUUCCAUGGAACAGACUUGAUAAGGACAUGGAAUUUGGAAGUCACUGUGUUACCCCCUAAAGAAGUAGACGUCAUUGAAAGAGGCACAGUUACUUUGCCAUGCUAUGGCCUCAACAACAGACAACUGGCUUCUGACAAAUUCAAUGUCCAGUGGAAGAAAGAUGGUAAGGUGGUGCUGAACCUAACCGAAGGAACCACACAUCAUGACCAAGAAAUUGGUUACAGAGCAAACAUCUUUCUGGAUGAGAUUCGCAAAGGAGACUUCUCUAUGGUGAUAAAAAACAUUGAAAUGACUGAUGAAGGAAACUAUGAAUGUUUCACUGAAAAGAAUCAAGGAAAGAUUUUGAACUCUGUUAAAGUCCACGUAAUUAAAGGCCUAUCCCAUGGAUAUCGUCAACGUGUGUUGCAUUACACAGGAGAUUCUUUUAUCUUUUUUGUUUCUACAGACGACGUUGAAAUCCUUCUCCUCACCGGAAAAAUAGGUGAUAAAAGAAAGGUUUGCAAAAUCAGGGGGACUGGUGCAAAGUGUGUCGAGAAUGUACGAGAACGUACUGCCGUGCACCAGGGGUAUUUAACUCUGAAAGAUUUGACUAAGAGUGAUGAAGGUACAUAUAGAGUGGAGGACCUCAUGGAGUCUACCGUGACAGAAAUUGUUCUUGAAGUGAGACGGCCUCUACCAAUAGGUAUGUUUGUGAUUGUGACUUGGUGUACUAUGGUGGUACUUCUGAUUGGGUUCAUAAGAAGAAGAAGAAGAACGCAAAAUAUAGAUUCGUGUUUCUUUGGUAAAUUUAAUUCUUAAUUUAAACUUUCCUGUGGUGAGUGAAUACCAGAACUACAUACAGUAGUAAUUGUAAUUGAAAGUGGAACAUUUUUGUACAAUUGUUUUCCAUUUUGAUCUUGCCUGUUAUAUGCCUUUACUUUAAUGUCUACCCAAGUAGUGCCCCCUGCAGGGCCAGUUACAAAAGGCCAUGUAUCCACUGUGGAGGGGCACAGGUGUAAGUCACAAUUCAAAUUGACCCUUUUUAUGGACAUUGUAUGUAGUCUUCUCUUCUUGUAACAUUGUUUAGUUUUUUUUGUCAUGUUAUAUCAGAAAUACAUUAAAAUGUAUUUGUCUAUAAUCCUACUCAGACAUUUUUUCAUUUUGACCCAAGUCACUGGUGUCAGACUAACAGAUAAAUUGUUCUUGGUUCCAAGGGGGAUAUGCCUUUUCUUUAAUGUCUCCCAUUUUGAUUUUGCCUGUUAUAUGCCGUUACUUUCAUGUCUACCCAAGUGGUGCCCCCUGCAGGGCCUGUCACUGCCAUAGUGGUAGAUUGCUAAAUAUCCUGUUAAAAGGACAUGUCUCCACUGUGGAGGGGCACAGGUGUAAGACACAAUUCAAAUUGACCCUUUUUAUGGAUAUUGUAUUGUUAUGUUGUAUCAGAAAUACAAUGUAUUUUUCUAUAA